UUCAGUUUCGUGGCUAUCUCGUCCUUAAAAAAUAAACAAUUGAAUUCUUUAUAGCUUGCGAUCGCAACUGUAACUCAAUGGACAAACACAGAUUUGUUUACUUUUUUGUUAUGAUUUUCGACUACUACAAGUUUGCAUUGUUCUCCAGACUCUAAUUCUUAAUGAUUCAUUAGUUGAAAUUGUUCGAUCUUUAUUGGUCAUCAUGAUCCAAACGGAACCCUCAUCCAAAUGCAGUUAUAGACUUGUGUUACAUGUUGCAGAUUGCCUGGGGUUGUUGCUGAUAAUUGUUCUCCAAGGAAGUAUUUUGGAUUACUAUUUAAUUCUACACAACGGUGGAAAUGCUGCCUGGUACUUUUGGUUUUUAGCGGACUUCCUCAUACUCAUAGCUUUUAUGGCAGCAGCUGUCAUUUCUUACAGAUUUUAUCAAAAAAAAGAAAGACAGAAGAAAGCAGAGGCUGCUGGUAAAAAGAAUAUACCUCCCCCCAAAAAAUCUAACUUAGGCUAUCUCCCACUUGUUUAUAUUGUGUGGUUUAUUUAUUCAUCAUUGUUAACAUCAAAAGUUGUUUUGUUGUUUAAGCUAGAUGUUGCUCAAUCUCUCGAUGUUGACUCAGCAUUUGGGACUCAAUUGCUCAAAAUCAUCAUUGCAUCAUCCGCUGUUGUGUUUCUCUUACUAGUAGAGACCCACAAUAAUGCUGAGCCCCACUCUGAUGGCCAAGCUUAUAUCCACUUUUUGAUAACUUCAACUGUUUUUGAAAUUUUUGACAGUGUAACAUUUUUGGGCAUACUCUUCCCCACACAGUCGAAAAUUGUGUUAACUUACCCACUGGAAAAUGCCAUACUCAUUCUUUCUUGCAUUAAUUUCAUUCUUCCAACGAUGACGCUAUACAAGCUGAGUCUGUCGGAAUUUGGAAAUCAACCUCGCUCUCUGGGUCUUAAGCUUCUCCACAAGUUUUUACAUCUGGGUUUGGUUAACAUCCCAUACUUUGCUAUUAGGGUGUAUUUGUGGAAUCUUUACGAUCAUGAUGUUACUCUCUUCCUGGUAAAGAACAUAUUGGCUGUUCUUGUUACUGUUCGUACUAUAUAUCCAGACCUUACACUCUGGUGGCAUUCGUUAAAAAAAUUUGAAGUCAAAAGGCGUACUAUAUUUGGAGGAGCCAUGGAACUUGGCACUAUUUAUGAAAUAACAGACCACAAUGGGGAUGAAUGUAAAAUUCCUUUGGAAGAGAAAAAAGAACAGCAUAGCACUGAAUUGUAAAUCGAUGCUUGGAUACUUAUUGGUAAUCUCAUUAUAUUUUCUUUGGAGAUUUUUUUAUGUAACCAUGAAGGUGUCAUUUGUAUUUUAUUCUGCCAUGAAAAUAAAUAAAUUUUGUAUGAAGUAUUUUCAGUUUUAAAAAUGAUAAUAAAUAAAUCUUGCGAAUAGUAAAUCAAUGAAAAAUUUAAGCAAUGUUCUUGUAAAGCAAGGUGAACUCAGAAAAUCUGGAACUGUUAGACAGGUUGAUUUUGGUAUGAAAAAUUUAGAAGAAGUCUAGUUUUCUCCCCAAACCUGUAAAAUGACUGAUAUUGAAAUGAACGAUAAUAAUAAGUAGUCAUUGAGAUUUGAUUUAAAUUAUUUCAAUAUAUAUUGCAAUUAUUUCAACAUUGGUGUUAAAUUUUAUGUCCUGUCUACAAUCAGUGACGUCUUGUUCCUCACAUCAUUAAAUAAUCUUGUUUACCCGAAGAAAUAGUUGAAACCUGGUCUUAAUUAACUUCCCUAAAUACCCUGAAAUAAUCAGAGAAUUUUAUUAUUGAUGAUAAUGAUAAGCCAAAAUAAAUAGAAAUAUUAAUAAGAUAUUAAAGGCAUGAAGGAAUAUAAAUAACACCAAAUGACUUGAUUAUAAAAAAAAGUCUCCAAAGAUAACUUAUAUCUAGUAGCUAAUGCUGGCAGGUUAAAUUGCUAUUUGAGUGCAAAAUUAUAUUGUUCUUUGAACUGCUCAAAUAAGCUAUGUGUAAUAUUAAUCUAGUUUUAUUACAAUGGGUUGGCUGCAAAAUUUUAUUGUUGCUCUUUGAACUGCUCAAAAAAGCUCUGUGUAAUAUUGAUUUAAUUUUUAAUACAAUGGGUUUACCUGCAAAAUUUUAUUGUUGCUCUUUGAACUGCUCAAAAAAAGCUCUGUGUAAUAUUAAUCUAGUAUUUAAUACAAUGGGUAUGUCAGCUAUGAAUAAGACUUAUAUUAAUGUAUAGGCAUCAUUUUAAGACAAACCCAUUUGUUUUUGCGACAAAGCAAUUAUUCUUGUCAUUUUGUUUGUGAUAUUUUAGCAUUAUAGUUGUUUAGAGCCCACCAAUCAUAUGUUUCUGUAAUUAUUCAUGAUGCGCAUUUUAUUCUCAUUUUAAAAUCUCAGUAUUGUGUCUCUGGAUAUGUUUUUCUUGCUUUAACUCGUUACCUGGUUUCUACAUUACUUUACAGGGCUCCCAUGGGUCAGAAAAAACAGAUAAGACCUGGAAAUGAAAGGGAAUAACUCUAAAAAGCAGAGUGUAACCCAGGAAAGUUUUUUUUUUUUAAGCCAAAACCUGGAAAGUUUCUUUAUCAUACCUGUAAAAUAACCAGUCUCAGAAUUUUCAGUAACAGUAAUCAGUUAUUGAGAUUUAAUAUAAAUAAUUCUAACAUCUAUUACAGUUAUUUGCUGUGAAAAUUCCACAUUUUAGUGAAACUUUACCAUGCUUCCAUCCAUAUUCAAUGCUAUUUUUUUACUCACAAAAGUCAAAGUUUUCUGAUGAAAAAAUGCAUUUUAUAAGAUAAAAUAUGGUCUGAAUUUACAUUGAAAUUUUUCUGAAAUACCUUGAAAAUUCAAGGAAUUUGUUUUUUUUCUGAAAUAAAGUGGGAACCCUGCAUUAAGAAAUGUGAUAUUUUGUGUAUCUUUUUUUAUGUUCCUGCUUAGUCCUUUUUUACCCUUCUUUUUGAUGUAUAAUUUUGUUUCCUACACCUUGCUUGCGUUAAUAAAAGCAAAUAGCACUAAGACAGGUAACGAGUUAAUAUGUGUUUAUUCUAUAUAACGUUUACUAUUUCUAUAUAGUAAUGUGAGUACUUAUUAUUAAUAAAAAAUUAUUACUGAAUAUCCAUUAUUUACAAUUUAUUUGGAAAUACUAUGAUCCCUUGCUAUGGUGUAGUUUUUCUUCUUUACAUAGUUAGACAACAUUUAGUAUGUGCAUGAUAUGUAUUGUAUAUAAACAUUGAAAUAUUUAAAUAUGGUGCAAAAACUGACAUGGUUAAAUUUGAAAUCUAUUGAUCUUGUAGAAUGUGAACAGUGGAAGGUAAAAAAAUUAAGAAUUUUAUAAAAAGUCGCUUUACUUCAUACAAAAUGCUUUAUAUUUUAAAAUCUUACUCGUUAUUUUAAAUGUUGCAAAACUCAUGCAUCAUUUUAAAAUGAUUUUCAUUUCUAUUUCUUCCUAGGAACGUUUAGCAUUCAUCCUUCAUUUAAUUCUCUUUUAUUUUACUUUUUAUACUUAAAUUUAUAUGCAAAUUAUUUGAUGUUUUUUUUUUUAAAAAUUCAUUACAUUUUUUAAGAUGCUCUAAAUUUAAUACAACAAACUUUUAUUUUAUUCAAAUUUGGCUGAUUCAAGAUAUUGAGUAAUUCAAUCUUCUAAUGGUACUCUUGAAAUUUCCUAGUAACUACUUUGAAACGCAAAAUAUUUUGCGAAUUGAUAACUUUUUGUAAAUAAUGAAACAUAUUUUUUAUUUUGUUAAAAUAUUAACAAUAAACAUAAAAUUAUUGAAAUAAAAGUUUAGUUUUUAUAUUACAUUGCCUUACGAUUUUUCUAUAUCUAUGAUAUAAGAAAUACUUUGAAAUAUUUGUUUUGCUUGUUGCAACAAAAUGUCUUUUUACUCUAAUGUGGACGAAUUUUUUU